UUAAUUCAUAAGUCAAAACGUAUCUAAUUAAAUUUGUUAAAUUAAUUCUCUCCUCUCUUAGUGGAAUUUUCCCCAGAUUCUACACCUACCCACCCUUUUCUUCUUCCCACCUCUCGCUUUUUGGUUAGUUUUUGCUUUUUUUAGGUUGUUGGAGUUUAAAAUUUACAGUCGAAAUUCAAUUAAAAAAAAGUAGUAAAGCUUUUAAAAACUUUCUUGGAUUUUUUGUUUUGUAAUUGUUUCGGGGAAAAUCAUGAAAUUCGGAGAGACAUUUAUGGAGUAUUUACACGGAGAUCAGGAAUGGUUUCUAGAUAAAUGCUCUCAUGUCGAGUAUAAACGCCUCAAAAAAGUUUUAAAAAAUUGCAGUAUUUGUCAAAAUUUCAAUAAUCAUAACGAUAAUGAUCAUCAAAACGACGACGACAAUAAUGAUUCCAGAAAAACUAACGACGAGAAUUCUUCUACAUUGUCUCAGUCGUGCCAGUGCCAGUCUUGCCCAGUGUGUGAUCAGAAGUUUUUUAACGAACUGAUGAAGGAAGCAUCGGAUAUAGCUGGGUGUUUUAGCUCGAGAGUUAGACAUCUUCUGCAACUUCACGUUGCCAAAGGAAUGCAAAGAUAUGCGCUUAAGCUGCGGCAUUGCUUCAGAAAUGAUCAGCAAGCUAUGAUUGAAGAAGGGAGAAUGUUGAUUGAUUAUGUUACCAUGAAUUCUAUUGCUAUCCGCAAAAUCCUUAAGAAAUAUGAUAAAAUACAUAGCUCAGUCAACGGGAAGAAAUUCAAAUCCAAGUUGCGGGCCGAGCACAUGGAGCUUUUGCAAUCACCUUGGCUAAUAGAAUUGGGAGCUUUUUAUUUGAAUUGUAAUGGUUUAGAUGGUGGAGAAACCUGUGGUCAUUUUUCAUGCGAUCUUGAUCCUACAGAACCUAUCAUGACCCUGAUGCUUCCAAAUUCUUCAAAGCUAGAUUAUUCUCUAACUUGUGCUGUUUGCUUGGAGACUGUCUUUAAUCCAUGUGCCCUGGGCUGUGGGCAUCUAUUUUGCAAAUCCUGUGCUUGUUCAGCUGCUUCUGUACUGAUACUCGAAAGCCUUAAAACAGCUAGUCCAGAUGCAAAGUGCCCUGUGUGCAGAGAGGCUGGAGUAUAUGCUAAUUCGGUGCACAUGUUGGAACUAGAUCUGCUACUCAAAUCAAGGUGCAAAGAAUAUUGGAAAGAGAGGAUGGUUGCUGAACGUGCUGAGAUUGUAAAACAAACCAAGGAGUAUUGGGAUCAACAGACAAAAUAUGCAAUUGGGUAUUGACCGACGAUGAGGCUACACUCAUCAACGCCAAAUAAAAGCUCAUUCCUUCUUUUCUCUUCUUUUUUUUCCGUAGCACAUUUCAGAUGUUUGGAGUUGACGCUUUGGUUACUGUCCGAGCAGUGAAAACAUAAAUGGGAAAGAGAAUGUUGAAUCAAUGACGGAAUUAUUUGUUUUUUCUCUGCAAUGAUCAUUUGGUUUGCUUCCUGAAGAUAAUUGUAUGUAUGCAUCACACUUGGAAUUUUAGUUUGAGACCUGGCUACUCUUUUAGACCCUGAUUGAAGUUUUAGAUCAUGUAUUUACUUGUAGCUAUAUGAUUUUGAGCAUCAAUCUCAUUUUUGAUUAUUUCA